AUAGAACACAACAAAUGAAAUAUCCUUUGUGAUUUUCACAUAAACAAAUGUUGAUUUCCUUCUAAUUCUCGUUAAUUAAUUGUUAAUUAUUUGUUUUGUUACAUACUUCUUUAUGUAUAUAUUUAGUUUAUACCAUCAAAAUGACUGAUGAACGUAAUUUUCGGUCGUCAUAUUAUGAAAAAGUGGGGUGCCGGGGCGUCGAAGAGAAGAAAUCAUUAGAGAUUCUCAUGAAGGAGAAACCAUGGGAUAAAGUGAAAUUAAAGCAGUUUUGCCUGCGUUUUACUGUUCCCGCUGCGUAUAGGAACUUAGUAUGGAAAGUACUGCUCGACAUUCUUCCAGUAUAUCCGGACUCACAUCAAUUCGUAAUGGAGCAACGUUCCGGUCAAUACCAGGACCUAUUGUAUGCGGUUAAGAUGUUAGAGCUCAUUGACGAGGAAGCUCCUCUCAGCCAGACACUACUGCAGAUGUGGUUACUGGAGACUGAGCAGUUGAAACCACCGGUCUUCCCGGAAACUAACUUUAAUUCAGCAGAUACGUUCCUGCCGAUAGCAGAAACGUUACUAGAGUUAUACGCAGAUGAAGUGGAUGUAUAUUGGCUGUGUAAAAGUUUGACGGAGGUCGUACGGAAUAUGCAACGAGACCUUUGCAAACUGAAGGAGGCGUUCCUUACCAUGCUGGAGAAAGAAGACGCUGACGUUUAUAUUCAUCUAUCAGAGGUCAAUGCAUUAGAUGUUCUUCCACUCACAAAGUGGUUCAACUGUUGUUUUGCUGGAGUACUAGAUGAUACCUCGCUUGCUAAGAUUUGGGAUAAAGUGUGCAGUGGUGCUCCGAAAAUAUUGUCAUUUGUAGCCGUAAUGCUAGUCAUUACUUUACGGCGAAACAUAUUGAAAGCGAAUAAUGCUGAGGAAGUGCUCAAAUGUGUAUCAGAGAUACCGGAACAAUGCGAAGAGGUCGUUGCUAACAAAGCUAUCGAAUUAUGGCAGUACUACGGCGCACAACCACAAAAUGAUCAAAUCAAGAAAUGAUGUAUGACCUUCUAAUGAGUUUUAAGCUCAUUAGAAGUAAAACGGUGGCAAUAUUUGAUGUGAUGAGUGCUGUAACACAGACACUGGAAAUGAAUUGGACAAAAGUAGUACGUCUUUCAAAAUUAUUAAAGUGAAUUUGGUGCAAAGUUUAUUCAAAUUUAGUAGGGCUUUAAAAAUAUACUAAAUUAUAUUACGGGCAAAGCAGUGUCUGAAAUUGCUAUCAAUUGUUGUAGUUCUUGUUAGAACGUAGGCGGAUUUAUGUAUGUAAAGAUAAAAUAUGAACUUAUUGCAGUAUGAAAUGUUUUUCAAAAUAAAUGUUUUAAUACCA